GGACGAUGGCGAAGAAGGACAAGAAGGCGACGGCCGCCAAGAAGGACGAGAAGAAGGCCCGGCAGGAGCUCAAGCAGCAGAAGGUCAACAAGAAGAAGGCAACGAAAGAGGCCAAAGAUGCUGGCGAAGAAGACAUUGAGGCCAUUCUGAACGAGUUUAUGAAGAAGGACGCGGCCAAGGUGGCCAUCACGAUCGUGCCGACGACGCAGCCGUCGCCGCGCGCCAACUUUUCGCUCUGCUCGAUGCCCAACAACGACUUGCUUCUCUUUGGCGGCGAGUACUUUGACGGCGAGUGCAACGAAUGCUUCAACGAGCUCUACCGCUGGAACCUCGAGACGAACGAGUGGAAGCUCAUCUCGUCGCCCAACACGCCGCCGCCACGCUGCAGCCACCAGUCGGUCGUGUACCGCGACCACCUGUAUAUCUUUGGCGGUGAGUUUGCGACCGCGGACCAGUUUUACCACCACCGCGACCUCUGGCGCCUCGACCUCAAGACGAACGCGUGGGAGUGCAUCGAGAGCAAGGGCGGUCCGUCACCACGCAGCGGCCACCGCAUGAUUGUCUGGCGCAACUACCUCGUGGUCUUUGGCGGGUUCUACGAAGCGGCCCGCGAAACCAAGUGGUUCAAUGACCUCUUCCUCUUCAACUUUGCCGAUCUCAAGUGGAAGAAAAUUUCGUUUCCCGUGCACAAGACGACGCCGGGGCCGCGUAGUGGCUGUCAGCUUGCGGUCUUGCCGUCCAAGGACACGAUCUUCAUGUAUGGUGGGUACGCCAAGAUCAAGAACGUGGGCGAAAAGUCCGAGGGCAAGGUGUACACGGACAUGUGGGCGCUCAACAUGGCACCCGUCAUCAAGAACCAAGACCCGACGUGGGAAAAGCUCUCGCGGAAGGGACAUGCGCCGAGUCCGCGCAGUGGUGCGACCAUGACGGUCUACAAGAACCGCGCGAUCCUCUUUGGCGGCGUCUUUGACGAGGAGGGCCGUCGCCACGAGCUCAAGAGCGUUUUUUACAACGACAUGUUUGCGUACGAUAUGGAGCGGAAGCGCUGGUUCGAGUACAAGCUCCGCAACAAGAAGGACGGCACCAAGCAGCGGCGCCGGAAAAAGAGCAAGACGUCAACGCCAGGCGCCGACGACGAUGACGACGACGACGACGACGACGACGACGGGUCCCAAAGCGGCAGUGACGACGACCGCGCGGACGACGAACAGUACCAGAAGCGCCUCAACCAAUUUGGGUAUGUUGGCGAAGACGGCACCAUCGUGUACCUGGAAGACGACGACGAGGAAGAAGAGUCAAAAGAAGACAGCGGCGCAAAGGAGCUGCCGCCAGCCCGAUUGCGUGCCAACGACAACGAAGAAGAAGAGACCAAGGAGGAGGAAGACGACGACGAUACGUCCGACUUGCUUCCGGACGUCUUGCCGCCGCCUGUCGUCGCGCCGGUUGUGGACGACGGCCCGCCGGCCCGUGUGCCGCUGCCGCGCAUCAACCCCGCGCUCAUUGUGCGUGGCAACACCAUCUUUGUCUACGGCGGUGUCCUUGAGGAUGGCGAUCGGGAGAUCACGCUCGACGACUGUUGGUCGAUGGAUCUCAAGCGCAUGGACGAGUGGGUCGAAAUUCUGCCGGGCACGAUGGCGCAGCAGCUCUGGAAGGGCGUUGUGAGUGACACAGAGGACGACGACGACGACGACGACGAUGACGACGACGAAGAAGAAGACGAUGACUUUCAAGAGUACGUCGAGCCAGUGGAGGAUAACGACGACGACGCUAAGCCGCCGGUGCCGAGCGAGGCGGCGGUGGCCGUGGCGCGUGCUGUGGACGUUCUUGACGGCGCCGACGACCCGGUCAAGUCCAAGAAGAAGAAGAACGACCGGAAAGCGCUUCGCAAGGAGAUUGAAGAGCUCCAGGACCAGCUGCAGCUCGCAGAUGAGCUGCAGACGCCGCAACCGGGCGAGACGUUGCGUGAUUUCUUUGCCCGCACCGCCAACCACUGGGCGCGUCAGGUGGCUGAUUUGCCCGAGACGACCGAGCGCCAGCUGAGCGUCAAGGACAUCAAGCGCGAAGGUUUCUCGAUGGCCGAAGUCCGCUACAACGAGCUUUUGCCGAUUUUGGAGCGCUUGAACGAGCUCGAAGCGGCGCAAAAGGCCGCCGAAGAAGCCCAUCAGUCCAAGAAGGCAGCGAAGAAGGGCGGUCGCGAAAAGGACCGGCGCUAACGUCGCAAAACAAAGCAUGGGUGGUUUGUCUUAC